CUCAUCCAUAAUGCGUUUUUUACUCUCAGUAGCUGCUUUGGCGCUUUUCUCUGCAACUUUGGUUCUUGCUGAAUCAUCCGCUAAUGGUCAGGCCCCCAAUACUGAAAAGGCUGCCGUAGCCGGAGGACACGAUGCCGGUCUUGGUGCAGUCAAGGCUCAAGCUGUUGUUGGCAACGUUCAAGGUUUGGGUGGAGGUAAAAGUACCUCUGCUAAAGAGAAGAGACGCGAGGAAGAAGAUGGAGAAGAGCAUCGUGAAUCAGAUGAGCCAGAUCACGACGACCAUGGCGAUCGGCAAGAAGAAUUGGAAGAUAAACUCGAAGAUGAUCCUUAAAUAACUAGAAGAGAGAACGCAAUGUAAUUUCUUCAAGCCCUUUUUCCGUUUUACGAUCCCCCUCCAUCAAGUUUUAUACCUCUGCUAUUAUUUGGACUGGAC